AUGCCCGACUUCGACAUCAACAACAGUCCGUCGUCUGCCUCUCAUAUUCCUCGUCCCAAACCUGACUCGGCAGUAGGUCAAAGCGAUGUAGGAAGCUCUGCUACUGCUGCCAGUAGGCAGAGACAGAAUCAGUCUAAGCGGGAUGAGGCCAUUCGCAGAAAAAUGGAGGCGGACCUCAACAAAAAGCGUCACCAUGUGCAACGCCCUCGUCAUAAUCGCAAAGCUCCCCCCGGAACCGUCUUGGCUCUGAAGCCCAGUCAGGCUCUGCAGAUCAAGCCCAACACCACCGUGGCCGAGGCCGCACAGUUGAUGGCCGCCAAACGAGAAGACUGUGUUUUGGUUACUGAUGACGAUGAACGCAUUGCUGGUAUUUUCACCGCCAAGGAUCUUGCUUUUCGUGUCGUUGGAGCUGGCUUGAAGGCUAGGGAGGUCACCAUUGCGGAGAUCAUGACCAAGAACCCUCUAUGCGCUCGCACUGAUACCAGUGCCACCGAUGCUCUUGACCUGAUGGUCCGCAAGGGUUUCCGUCAUCUUCCUGUCAUGGAUGAGAACCAAGACAUCUCCGGUAUUCUCGAUAUUACCAAAUGUUUCUACGACGCCAUGGAGAAGCUCGAACGUGCAUACAGCUCGUCCCGUAAGCUCUACGAUGCAUUGGAAGGUGUUCAAUCAGAGCUCGGAUCCAGUCAGCCCCAGCAAAUCAUUCAAUAUGUCGAAGCUCUACGUCAAAAAAUGUCCGGUCCCACCCUCGAGUCGGUCUUGGAUGGUAUGCCACCGACUACCGUGUCGGUGCGAACCUCAGUCAAGGAGGCUGCUGCUUUGAUGAAGGAGCAUCAUACCACCGCUCUUCUUGUCCAAGACCAGGGCUCGAUUACUGGUAUCUUCACUAGCAAGGAUGUGGUUCUGCGUGUCAUCGCUCCUGGCCUCGACCCUGCGACUUGCAGUGUCGUCCGUGUGAUGACUCCUCACCCUGACUUUGCGCCAACCGAUAUGAGCAUUCAGGCUGCUCUACGCAAGAUGCACGACGGACACUAUCUUAMCCUGCCGGUCAUGAAUGAGGCUGGUGAAAUUGUCGGCAUGGUUGAUGUGCUCAAAUUGACAUACGCCACACUCGAGCAGAUCAACUCCAUGAACACCGGUGAUGAUGAGGGCCCUGCUUGGAACAAGUUCUGGCUGUCCAUGGACCAUGAAUCCGACUCUAUGGUCUCUGGCGGGGGCAGUCAUCGCCCACACACCCCUCAUCGAUCUGUCCUCAGCCCGGACCCAACCAAGCCUGGCUUUGAUCGCGGCGACAGUGUUUUGCCCAACGAGUCAGCUUCGCACCAUGGCGAUGACAUGCAUUCGGAAAUUCUUGAACAACACGUCGACGAUGUCAACACGCCCUUCGCAUUCAAGUUCAAGGCGCCUAGCGGCCGCGUGCACCGUGUGAAUGUUGUUCUGUCAGAGGGUGUCUCUGCGCUUGUUGCGAGCGUUGUUGCUAAAUUGGGCCAAGAAACCGAAGCUGUUGGUGGUGAACCAUCAGUCGAGGAUGGAAAGCUCAGUAGCACUGGAUUUGCUUUGAGCUAUCUUGACAACGAGGGAGACACCGUUUCCAUCACCACCGACCAGGACCUGUCAGACGCUGUUCACCAGGCACGAAAACUUCAUCAUGAGAAGGUUGACCUGUUUGUUCACGACCCUUCUCAGCCMCCUAUCCCUGCCACUGUCGAACCUCAGCCUGCUCUCUCGAAACCUCCUACACCUCCCGAGUCUGUCCUCAAAGAGCGCGCCCCCAAACACAUUGAAGAAGACGAAGAGGAGGAAGACUUCAGCCGAUCGACUAGGGCAACUAAGCAUGCCGUUCCUCAACAACGCUUGCCCGAGGAGCAGCUUAUUGCUGGAGUACCCAACGAUCUUUUGUUGCCUGGUGCUAUUGUCACACUUGCCGCAGUGAUUGCCGGUGUCUUCAUACUCAGCCGACCAAGUGGUAGAUAA